AUGCGAGACGUGUUUCGUGUUAUUCGGCAGGCUGCAAACUCCGCUGCUGUGUUUGAAAGCCGCUUUGGAUACGAUCCCACACUCAGAACGUGCACCAUCGUCGCUGUAAAUGGGAGAACUUCCAAGGAAGCUUUGUUCGUUGUUGGAUUCCUGGUUCCGUGUGUCGUGAUCGUGUACUGCUACACCAGGAUAUUCUGGCUCGUACGAAGAUCGGAAGUGAGCUUGCGAUCAAACAGAUCCCUGCGACUUCAAGAGAAGCCGGGUCGGAAAGAAGACGAAGUGCUGCAGGCAAAACCCAAGCCGAACCCGGCGUCCAAGCCUCCGGAAGAGGAGCAAAGACUAGGUCCGUCCACUAGCCGGAUGCCGGAAGAGAACCCCAACAACAAGCGGGAUUCGGGUGCCAAAGACGACGGGUUGCGGCAGCUGCCGAAGCAGCGGGCCCGAAUGCGCAAAAAGUCCGAGUCGGCUCGCGAAAGCCGACGACUCAAGACCAACGAAUGGCGCAUCACCAAGAUGGUGCUUGCCAUUUUUUUGGCUUACGUGUUGUGCUAUCUGCCAAUCACGAUCGUCAAAGUCUUGGACCCGAGGGUGCACUUUCCGGGGCUGCACAUCGUUGGCUACCUGCUUAUCUACAUGUCAGCCUGUUUGAAUCCCAUCAUCUACGGCGUCAUGAACAAGCACUAUCGCCAGGCGUACCAAAACGCGAUCCUGUGCCAAAAGCAGCUGUGGCUGAAAAGCAUCACGUCCACGAAUGACUUCAAUACGGUCGGGAAAUCAUCGCCGUCCGCUAAUCUCGCCGAGGGCGACGAGCGCAUGACGCUGGUCACCACCGCUGGCGCCUCGGUGGUACUCACGCAGCACCGCUCCUCGCCGAAACGCGCCGUGGGUGCGAGGAAUGGCACCGCGCUGCCCACAGUGACUGAAGACGCUGUCUGAGCUCAUUUGCCGCCGCCAAAGCCGAACAAGAAAGGGUCGCCAGCGCAUUUCGGCAUUCGGAUUGCCAAACCAAACGACUGUCCGUCAGCUUCUUUUUUUUUUUUUGCAUGCGUUUUUUUUUUUCAUUUUUUCGCAGCCGGUGACAAAAAUGUGUAUAGAGAAGCUUACGACGCUGCGUUUCGGCAUUCAGCCUGCAGAUUCUUGUCUCAGUCGCUUUGGAGAACGGAUGGAUACAUUUGAUGGUAUCUCGUGUCAUGAAGACGCGUUGAAGAGCGCGUUAAGCUUUUGCGGUGCGACAUCUCAACUAUAAUGAAUGCCCGAAAAUCCCGAACCGAUUUCGUCCUUCCGAUGAGGUAUCGUCUUCAUCGCUCGGCAUAUAUAGAACCAGCAGAAUUGAGGAUCUGCUUGCUGAAGGAGUUCGGUUUCGCCCAGAAAAAAGAAGAGCACUACUCAACCGAGAUGUCGUCAAGGAUUUCCCGGAAUAUCCGGAUAUAGCCGCAGCAUUUUACCGAGUUUUUCCAUGCGCUCUUCGCUGAUUUAUGAAUGUUUGGAUUUGGAUUGCAUUGUAAUCGGUAUCAAGGGCUUAUCAGCCCAUCGUUUAACCGACGUUAUGUGAUAAUAAGUUAUUGGCGGAUAUCCAAUACACGCGCUUUGAGAAGAAAAAAAAGUUCGAAGAAAUUGUUCCACAGUUCCUGUUCUGCUUCGUAUAGGGAAUAUAAGACGACGUCGUUCUGCUAUAUAGGAGCCUGUGGAAAAUAAACGAGAUUAUUUCUCGACUCGUUCAUGAUGUGAAUUCUCAAUAAAUCUGGGAUAUUGAA